GAGAGAUUGAGAGAGUAGGAGCAUGUUUUCGUUCUGAAUACCAAGUCAACGGCAAACACUGCUGGGCUGGCCUAGCUUGCUUUCCAAGACCAUCUAGUAACAUACAUGGCAGAGGCUCCUUCAAACAUUCACAGACGCGUGGGCUUUUUCAAGAUAGCGAAGCUUCACUGUCUCAACGGUGCCGUUUCAUGCAUUACCACUCCUACAAACAAAGACAAUCUUUAAUUUAUUACUACUUCGACACACGAAGAUGAGGAAAAAACAAUCGUAUAACAACAACAUUUUCUCGGAAAGUUGUUUUCUUUCCAACAAAUCUUUUUACAUUUACAUUGAUAACCCCAACUUCUCGGUUUUAACGAUAAUAAAAACAAGCAUUUGCUUUUGUUUUCUUUCUUUCUCUCUCUCUUUCGGAAAGACAGUUUGAUGAGUUCGUUAUUUGUUUGUAUCUAAAUGUAUAAAGGCAAAAGUGUGAGACUUUGAUUUGAAAAAGCUUAAAGUUGUAUGUCGUUUUCUUGGUGAUAAUCUCGUCUUUCUUUUUAUGGGUUUUGUCCUGGAUUUUUAUUGGGAAAAUGGGUUGAUCCUGAAGUGGAGUUUUUCUGUUUUAUUGUCUGUCUUUUUGAGGUGAAAAGGUUUGUGGGUUUUUAGGUUAUUUGAGCUUUGGUUUGAACAUUUCAGUGGUUUUCUGGUUCUGGGUAUUCCUUUGUUUUGUUUAAUAAUGUCUUCUGAGUCCAAAGUUAGGUUAGUUCGCUGCCCUAAGUGUCAAAAUCUAUUACCAGAACUCCCAGAUUACUCUGUUUAUCAAUGUGGUGGCUGUGGUACUAUUCUUCGAGCAAAAAAGAAAGUCCCACAGACUGAUGUGUCAUCCGAAAGGUCAGAUGAAGAAAAGGGUGAAGGGGGUUCUGAGAAACUAGAGAAUUUGAUGGAGAAAAGGAGUGGUAAUGUGAGUUUGUCUUCUGAGACUGAAACUGGGAAUUCUGGGAUUAAGAUUAUUAGGAGAAAUGAGAGAGUCCCUGUAGAAGUAAAAGUUAAUGUCAUUAAUGGGUUGCAAAGAACAGAAAAGAAGCAGGUUUUGGUUGGGGAAUAUGUUAGUGUUAGUGAAGAGUUAAGCAAUUUAAGACUCGAGAAGAGUGUUGAAGAGAAAGAACAUCGUUAUGGUGAUAAAUAUAGUCGAAUGUCAGAACCCCGGAUGGAUCAGUGGACUCGUGGAAGUAAUCAAUAUAUGGACAUGAACAGAUCUGAGUCUGUUAACUCGAGUGUAGGAGAUAUGACAGCCCAAGUACAUAGGCUAGCAGGGUCCUUGAGAUCGAAGGCAGCAGUGGAUCGAAAGGGUGUAGGAAGAGGUAGGUAUGAGGGGUUUUAUGGGAACAAUGGCUCUGUUGCUGAGCAUGGUAGAACACCAACUUUGGGUUAUCCCGACGAGGGGCCAUCAAACAAUGACCCGUAUUAUUUUCAUGGCCAUGAACAGCAGAUGAAUAGCAAUAAUCGUGUCAAUGUGCCUGAUGGAGUUGAAGAUUUAGAGAAGGAACGAGCUGAGCUUAUUAGAAAGCUGGAUGAGUUGAAGGACAAAAUUAGCAAAUCAUAUUGUGUUGCAGACAAACCUGUAGAAAGGAAACCUGUGGAUAGGACUCCGCAUUAUCCUUAUGGCAAUCAGGGUACUUAUAAUGCUUCUAUGCAGCCACCUGCCAUGGAGAUGCAGAUGCCAAGGGCUUACUCCAACUAUAGUCAUAGACCACCUUCUUUUAUGACUCAUCAUAACAUUGAUGUCCCAAACUUCUAUCCUCAUCAAAAUCAAUUCUUGAAUAAGGUUCCAGAAUAUAAGGAUUCAAUGCAGCCACAGAUGACAAGGAGGCCUCACCUUCCACCGCCCCAUCAAUACCCUCACACAUCUCCUCACGAAUACUAUUCGGGACAGUAUAGAAAUUGUGAUUUAGAUCCCAUCACACCGUAUCCACAUGAAACCUAUUCCCAUCCUCCUACAUGCUCUUGUUUAAGAUGCUACAAUCAGAAUUUGAGGGUUCCUCCCCGAGUCCCACCCACCAAAGAUAUAGCCAAUUCAAAUUUUUACCAUCCUGAAGUUCCUGUUACAUCUGGGCCGCAGAGUCAUCCUCCGCCGCAGUCUCUUGAUCCAAAGCUGCAAGCCAGAUGGCCAGUUGGCCAUGAUUCAGACAAUGACCGUGUUGGUCAACGAAGAAGGCUGGUGGAAACCCAUUGGACUGGGCGACUUUACCGCCCCAUUGCUGGUGGUGCUCCAUUCAUUACAUGCCAUAAAUGCUUUGAGUUGCUGAAACUACCUAGAAAGCUUAGAACGAGAGACAAUAAUCCUCAAACGCUUCGGUGUGGUUCCUGCUCAACUUUAAUUUUAGUUGAAAUUGAGAAUAAGAAGCUUAGUUCUUCUGAUCCUGAGGAACUCAAGCACGUGUCUGCUAAGACUGACCGAAAUUCUCCAGAUAGCCCUGUAAGUUCAAGUUGUUUGAGUGUCAAAGGCGCCAGCUCCUGCUCUGAAGAUUUUAAAAAUUCAGGUUACAACUUCCGGUUGGCUGAUAUGGGAAACAGUUCCCCAGUGGAAGAUGAAAGACUGAACUUUGACGAGUCUGAGAAGAUGUGGGGCCAUUAUUCAUCACCUUCCAUCUCUUCUAGGGAAGAGGAGAACCAAGAUUGUGUGACUGCCCAUGUUUCUGAACCUGCUGAGAUGCCUUUAAAAGAUUCAUUCUUUCCAACACCACCACGCUCACCUGUCUGGCAAGAGGCCAAUAGUCCUAAGCAUACCACAAGCAGAAAUGUGCAGGGAAGCAAGAGCAAGCGAACGUUGCGUAACAAUAUGGUCUUUAGUAGGAUCUCCUCUCAAAACAGUUCUGUGAAAGAUUCAGUAGAGGCCACUGAAUUGGAUGUUUCCUUUAGUGAAUAUCAAAACCAAACUAUGCCUCAAGACUCUGCAGAAAUGAACAAAGAAGAUCAACUCAAGUUCAACAAAAGCAGUGAUUCCUUCGUUGUAGGUUUCAUCAAGAAGAGUUUUAGAGAUAUAUCAAGAUCUAAUCAUAAUGGGGAGACUGAGAGGCCUAAGGUUUUUAUUAAUGGGCAGCCCAUACCAGAUCGUGUGGUCAAAAGGGCUGAAAAGAUAGCCGGCUCAAUUCGCCCUGGGGAUUAUUGGUAUGACUUCAAAUCCGGAUUCUGGGGAGUCAUGGGCCAACCUUGUCUUGGCAUAAUUCCUCCAUUUAUUGAAGAAUUCAACUAUCCCAUGCCAACAAAUUGUGGUGCUGGAAACACUGGUGUCUAUGUAAAUGGGAGAGAGCUUCAUCAGAGGGAUCUAGACCUACUCUCCAAUAGAGGACUUCCCACAACGAGAGACAAAUUUUACAUUGUUGAGAUUUCUGGGAGAGUUUUCGAUGAGGACUCUGGUGAAGAGCUUGAUCCCCUUGGCAAGCUUGCUCCAACGAUUGAGAGGACAAAGCAAGGAUUUGGAAUGAGAGUGCCGAACAUGGUAUUAUGAUUUGGAACCAUCGAUUUUGUUCUCCACGGACUUGUUCGGUUUCAGAUUCUCCAGUUCUUCAAGGAUAAAACAUCAAAAGGUGAUCACCUCAAAUUACCAUGUUCUUUGGAUGACCUCUUCUUAAUGGAGGUUGCAGAGCUAAAAUCCUUUGAUUUUGAUGUAUGUAUUAGUAGUAAAAAAAACUACUGCAAAAUCAUUUGCAUGUUCAUAUAUGUUGUCAGGUAGAUGAGGCUCUUUAGAUUAUUUCUUUGGUUCUUUUUGGCUAAUUCAAGUCAAAAUUCUUUUAACUAUGCUAUUUUGCAACAGAUACAAUUUUAUUUGUAUCACAAUAUUCAGCUGGUGUAAAUUAACCCUGGAAUCUUUUUU